GUACUUCUUUAAAGCUUCUAAACUCUGUGACAGUCAAUACUCUUAUGUAAAUACACAAAAAGGGACUUGUUUCACUAUUACUGACACAGCCAAUUUUAGCCACUUUUCUUGUGAAAUGCAUGAUAAUUGAAACCAGAACUGAGAUCAAAGUUCAAAACCUCCACCUUAGCACUCAUGGGGAAUAUCCAGCACUGAUGUUUUGCCACACACUCCUUCAGCCAGCCUGUAGAAUCAGUCAGAGGAACAGUUCACUGGACCAUGCAGUGAGGUGUCCAUGUUACUACCACCUCUUCUAGUCCACACAGAUGGGGAAGUCAGCAGCUUUUGCAUCCUUCAGACUUCCUGUCACCAACUGUGUUUUUCACAGUGAGCCAAAUGUAAGAAAUUUGAGAAAGGUACAGAAACAGGGAGAUGAGUGAACCAAAGGAACUGGUGAACAAGGAUAAUGGUCUCUCUGAAGGAAGUACCUAACUCCUUGGGUAAGGGGAGGGACAUAUGUGCCAAGACUGAGAAGCAAAACAGGCUGGUGUGGUUUACUGAGAAGCAGAAUAAUUUCUCAUGCGAGCGAGACCGGAUGCCAACCUGCAGCAAAAGAAGUCUGUUUGUGCAAGGCAGCUGUGUGCAGAAAGAUGACACAUGCUGACGUGUCCCAGGAAAAGUCAGCUGAGGAACGUGGUCAUGACUGACCCUGGAAAUGAUGGAUCAGGAGAUGGAUCGAUGAUAUUACCCACUUUCACAGCAACACAUCUUCCUGCUAUGGCUCCUUCGACUGUGGAUGACCACGAGCCAGUACUUGUAACUGCAAGCACUACUGAAAGCAGCUUUGAUACACAGAGUUCUCCAAGUACUGAACUGAAUGCUGUGAAUGAUGAGGAGAGCCUAGAAGCAGAAGAACAGUCUAUCUUGAUAUAUGUUGUCCCUGUGGCGCUGCUGGUCCUGCUGGUUUUGUUGAUCACAUUUUUUGUAAUGCAUCACAAAAGGAAAAAGUCCAAGCAAGAUGAGCUGGGAAGUGAAAAUGUAAAAAGUCCUAUUUUUGAAGAAGAUACACCCUCUGUUAUGGAGAUAGAAAUGGAAGAGCUUGAUAAAUGGAUGAACAGCAUGAACAGAAAUGGUGACUGUGAAUGCUUACCUACUGUAAGAGAAGAAGAAAAAGAAUCAAUCGCCAACCCAAGUGAUGGUGAAUCAUGAAGUCCUCAGGACAGCAAAGAACUAGCUAAAGGGAUGCAGCACACAAGCUCAUCAUCCCCCAGAUAUUGGAAGAACUGGAUUUAAAUACAAUUCAUCUCAAAAGUCCAGAGAAGCAAAUGCUUUUGUUGUCUCCUGCUUCAUAUGGUUUUUAGAAAGGAAACAUCGCCAAGGGAAGAGAAGAAAAGAAAAAGAAGUGGAAAAAAGAAAAGAAAAAAAGAAAAGCACUCUAGGAAGAUUAAUGACUCAUUUAAAUUCUUUUUGCAAUGAGAUUCAUCCCAAUUCAAGAGAAACCCCCUUUUUACCCCUGAUGAAAGUUCUCAAAGUAGUCCAUAUUUCUGUGUCGUUCUGGAGUUGUGUAUUGUGCAGCACUUAAAACCAAUUCUGUUCCAGGCUUGGUGGGUUUCUUUGUUUUGGUUUGGUGUUGUGGGUGUUUGUUUCAGUGUCCAUAAUUCUGGACUGCCCUGGUUUGGUGGAUGUGAAGCUCAUGCCUAUGCAAUGUUUAUUUCUCAAUUUGCUUUUUCUGAACAGUGCACUGAUUUGCACAGGACUGCUGCUGGGGUGGUACCAGGCUAGGACUGACAGACCAGCUCUGAGGACAGACAGCAGCUGAAAAGCCUCUCAAAGGAAUAGCCAGAAGUGACUGCAGCCCAGCCAGGGCACAGACUCCGUAGAGUGCUUUUUGGUUUUCAAAUUAAAGGCCCUGUAGAAGUGACAAGUAUUAUCUUGAGACUGCCUUUCAGUUUGUUAUCUCCACAGAUGGGCGCCCUGGGCUAGCUCUCCCUGUGUAACUCUUCUCCCUGCCCAGGGCUGUCCUCUAACCACCUACUUCAGGAAUAUUCAACUUAAAAACUUUUCUUUUUUUUUUUUAAUAAGUGAGGUUGAAAAAUGGAACAAUUCAGUAUUCACAUUAAAUGCAGAUUUAGAUAAGCAUGUGUUAUGCAUAACUACUUGGCCGAGGUUUUCAGAUAGAUGAGGUUUUCUGCUGCUUCUGUUUUUAAAUACUGAGCCUGCAAUAUCUUAAAGACAAGGACUUCUAAGUGUGCCUGGUCACUUUUAGUUACAAUGAAAAAAAAUCAGACUCCUGGCAUACCUCAGGGUGGGAAUAUGAAUGUUGAAAUUGUGCCAAUUGAUUUUAGACAGCACAUCUCUUAGGGAUGUAACUUAAAUAUGUAACACACAUAAAAAUGAAUCCUCGUCUGGGCAAAGUUUCUCUUGCCUUAUUUAAAAUAGCAGUUUCAUAUCCUACCAUAUCUUAUAUCCUACCUAUCCUCCUAUUCUAUUGAAAUAUAUAAUGCCUUCCUACUCAAUACAUGUUUAAUAUGAUCAGGGUUCUUUUGCUUGCAAAUAAUUCUUUUGCUUGCAAAUAAGUUAUCAUGCACAGCUUGAUUAAAGAGAGAAAACAAAUGCCCCUGUGAUGGUAUCUAAGUAUCACUAACAGUUGACAAAUACAGAGGAUGGUUCAGCUUUGUGAAUAAUUAAAGACAUGUCAAAAUACAGAAGGAAAAUUGUGUAGAGCUAACGAUAUUCAUUCAUUAUUGAAUUUGAAUUGAUUAGUAAUUUCCUCAAAGAAUAAAAAUUUUUCUCUGUUUGGAUGAUUUUUAACUUUGAAAGAAGUGUUUUAAGUUCAUCUUUCACAACUCUUUUUAAACAUUUCCACCAUUUCCUGACAGCAAACCCAUCACGUAGAAUAAUGGUUUAAAAGAAUGCUGUCACAAGGGAAAGAAAAAGUGAAAGAUUGAAAUUUAGAAUUUUUUUUUUAAAUUUAACUAGAUAUUUUCCAGUAGCAGUUUUGUUAGCUACUUCUUUCCAACAGACAAAGAUGUUUUGCUUAGGUGUCUUACAAUUUGCAAAGCAGUAACCUGAAGAUGCCCAAAACAGAGAGACUGGGCUUUUUUUUAAUGGUACAAGAUUAAAGGCUAUAUUUUAAGACCAGCUGUGUGGUUGGAGGACAGCCAGUGGGACCCAGAAGUUCACAACAGCAGUGACUCCCACCACACCAUGCUCCAGUCCACACAGCCCUGUGUCCAACAGCUGCUGCCUUCUCCCUGAAGUACAGCUGGACAUGAAGAAUAGGAGUCCUUGCCUUUUUUUUUCUUUAUUUUUUUCUUCUUUUGAAAAUGAACCAACUCCCAAAGGUGACGUUGUAUCAUUGUAUGGCUUAACUCAGUUCUGGUACACUGAUGACCCAUUUGAUAUUAGUGCAAUGCACCAACUCAGCUUGCUGUGGUACUUGCAAAGAGCCUGUGUUGUGGAUGUUGAUGGUUUGGGGUUAACGUUAAUUCUACAUGGUCCUUCUCCCAGAUAAAAGGCUGUAGAGUUCCAAAUAAGUUUCUCAGAGAUUAAGUUUCACUUUUAUAUUUUAUUUUUCAAGUUUACCUUGAAAGAAUGUAUUUUCUGUAAACUUAUGCCACUAAGCAUUUAUUCUUAUUCCAGAGUUCAUUACUGAUCAAUCUAUAUAAAGCUUUAAAAUCAAUUUUGUCCAGAACUAAUGUCUAGGUUAUAGGUUUAUAAUUAUUCAUGUCACUUACCCUCUCUAAAUUCUGGCAUGCUAGAGGAUUUAUUUGCCUCUUCAGGAACUUUUCUUGGCAUUUAAAAAUGCAAAAUAAUGCUUUGGGCACUCCCUUGGCCAAUUCUGACACAAAUUUUCUCUAUUUGCUGGUUUUUAAAAGCAUGAACUUAAUAUAUGCUGUGUUACUAUUGAAAAAUGUGCCAUUCCAUCACAUCUCACCUGUCAUUAGGUCCUGUCCUCCUUGUGUGAAACAGACAGAGGGUGAAGUAAUUUGCAUUUCAGCGUAGUUAUGGAUAUUUCUAAUAGAUUCCCUCAGCACUAGACAAAUACAAUUUUUAGUAUUUCUCUUUUUCCUGAAUAUUUAUACAUCACUUUUAUUCUUUCCCUAGCCCUAAACUAUGGAAGGGAUCACUCAUUCAUCUGCAUUGCUCCAUGCCAGCCCACUGGUCUCUCUCUUUGAUCACAACUUUCAUACUGAGGUCUGCAUUUGCCACAGCCACUGUCCAACACCUGCUCUCUCACUUACAGCCCAGCCUUUCUGUGGACACCAGGUUCAGGGUGUCCCUGAACCAUGGAACCAAGCUGCACCAUGGGCACUGCUUUGGCCCCUCUCCUCCCUCAGCCCAUUUGGUAUUCCCCUCUUCUGCUCACCCGUAUGCCCCUUGCUCUCCUGUUUGUUUUAUACUUUUCAUCAGUUCCUGGUCAUUUCCUUUUGCAGUUUCGCCUCAGUAUUUUAAUUUUGUGGGUGGAUUGAAUUACAGGGGAUUUAGGCCAUUUCAUGCCUACAUUAAUACAGCCAAAACAUUAUGAUAUUCCAGUUCAUGGGUAUUAACUGUACACCUUCCAUUGAUGAACCUUCAUUCUUCCUAAAUCAUUCACACAGUCAGGUCCUCUAACCCACAAAAUAAAAAGGAGAGCAACCAGACAGCAGAUAAGAUAGCAGCAAACUCCCAAAAUUAUUUUAUCACCAUGCACUCCAGAGUAUUCAAGGCUCUGUGGUAAUAUCCUCAUUGUUAGCCUGAUCUGAGCCAACCCAUCUCACCAUCACCCUGCAACAUCUACCAGUAACUGAUAAGUUAUCAUCCCUCUGUAGAAAAUGAGAAAGAGCACAGAAACAGGAAGUGUCUCCCACUAUGUACUAUUCAAAAAUGUUUCACAAAUGUGAUGAUCCCAAAGGAACUGCUACCUCUUCUUCAAUAAUUUCAGCAGUUAUCCAGCACUUGAAGACAAUUUGACAUCUCCUUUACAGACUGAGGCCUUUUUGUCCUGCAGAAAAGCUACAGAUCCAAAGGAGGAUUUGUCUGAGAAAUACAUAAGUAAUAAGAAAGGUAAUUAAAAAUCAACACCUCUCCUAGAUAUGCUAAAAAUCAGUACCUUAACAAAAUAGAAAUAAUUCCUCCAUAAAGUUACAAACAUAAGGUUGCUGAUAUUACCAGCAGCUAGUUAAUUCAAUAAGAGUCCUGCACUUGUAAAGCACACAGCCCUAACAUUAACCUCAGCAAAAAGGAACAUUCUUUUAGUUUCCAGAUAAUCAUAAGUUAUAGAUUCGUAGAUAACUCUUGACCUGAGAUUAAAAUAAAAUUUUUUUUUUGUAAUUCUAAACUCAUUGGGGGACGCUAAAUUGAACUUUUGUUACCUUUCUGAUGUGAGACUGCUGUAUAUUCAACUGUUUUAUCAAAAGGCUGUUUAAAAUUAUUUUGUAAUGUAAAUAUUUGAAAGACACAAUAUUACUUAAUUGUAUAUAAGAGUUUGAGAUUUUAAACAGCUUGUUCUAAUAAAGUUUUUUGUGUCUA